GACGCCUCUUGGACCUCGACCUCUUCCACUGAACAAGCUUGCUCUACAAUAUACAUCCUAUUGUCUUCAGCUUUGUACAAUAUAUAAUGGCUGCCCCACGACCAACGUCCAAGCUUCCCCCUGGUGCGAACCGUAUUCUUUUCGUCAAGAACUUGAACUAUCAGAUCACUGGAGAGGACCUCUACGAUCUCUUUGGGCGCUAUGGCAGCAUAAGACAAAUACGAAUCGGAAAUGAGCAGAAGACGAAGGGUACCGCGUUUGUGGUAUUCGAGGAUGUGAUGGAUGCUAAAAAUGCUCUUGACCAUUUGAACGGUUUUCAUUUGCAAGAGCGCUACAUCGUCGUGCUCUACCAUAUGCCGUCGAAGCAGGAUGCGGCAGCGGCGAAAGCGGAGCUGGCACGUAGAGAGGAGGAAUUGGCUCAGUUGAAGAAAAAGCACGACAUUCAUGACGAGGAUUGAGUCGCAUG